ACACUGACCUAGUAGUCUAUUGCAGGGUGGUUCUAGGAAUGUAGUUCAGUUCUUCUGCGACAGAAGAGUUUUGAUGAAGUGUUGAGGAGUGGAGAGAAGAGGACACACCUGUGCUUAAAAACUUGAGGUGCAACAGAGGAGCAGUUAAAUCUCUUCUACUACCCACUUAUUGACAGUGACAACAUGGCGACUGCAGAGAGCGUGUCAGCAACUUUAACCACCUCCAGGAGCUGCACGAUCCAGAUCACCAACAAGACCAAAGAAUACAACCUCAUCAACCCACAAGUUUACACAGUCAGUGGGUACUGCUGCCAUCCUCCUCAGCCCACAAUCAGCUCCACCAACACCGAGGUCUGCUCGUUCACUAAGAUCCAGAACACUGCAUGCGGGGCCGUAGGCGUCUUGACCUAUGACCUCUAUCACGCGGAGACCCGGGUGUGUUCUGAUCGCAUGGCUAUUCUGUUCUCCGUUCCCUACGACUACAUCCUCUACAGUAACAUCUUGGGAGUCGGGGUGUUCGAGAUAACCCGUGCGUGCGAUAAAGCCCUGUACAGCUACAUGUAUGAAGGGAAAGACUUAAGACGUUUUGCCCGCGCAAAGGCAAAGGCGUCUGGAGUCACCUACAAGGCACCGAGAGUUGAAUUAAGAGCAACUAUGUCAAAUGUAUGCAAAGCUAUUAUGAAAGUAGAGAUCCAUGACAGGCUGAGCUAAAAAGGAAAAACAAAAGCAUUGUUGAGCCAAACAACAAAAUUUCUUUAUAUUUUUAUCCCACCUGAAUUGAUAUGUGAAAAAAUCUAUAUGCAUGCAAUUGUGACAUUUGAUGAUGUUAUGACUGUACAAUCUAAUAAAAAGGAAAAAUUGUUAAUAUUGA